UGCUCAGAUUGAGAGAGAGAAAUUGGUUUCCCUUUAUGUGACCUUAAACAAUUAAGCUCUAAUUUAUUGUUUAUUAAAUUGAUAUUGAAUUGUUUUGAUUUUAAUUAUGCUUCGUUCGGUGGUUAAUCAGACAUUUUAUCGGCGGUUAGUUAAUGGUUCGAUUAAAAGUGAAACUGGGUUGGUCAGAUCAUUUGCUUCCAAAAGUGAGGAAAGGAAACAAGCCUCAACUGCAACUCCAGCUACCAAGGAAUCUAAUAAACCGGAGACAAUUGAGAUAUUUAUCAACGAUAAACCUUAUGAAGUUGAGAAAGGUAUCACUAUUUUAGAGGCUUGUACUGUGGCCGGUGUUGAUGUACCAAGAUUCUGUUACCAUGAAAGGCUCAGUAUCGCCGGUAAUUGUAGGAUGUGUUUAGUUGAAGUUGAAAAAUCUAUUAAGCCUGUUGCCUCUUGUGCUAUGCCUGUUUCGAUGCCUGGAAUGAGGGUUAAAACUAAUUCUCCUGCUGCUAAAAAGGCACGAGAAGGUGUUAUGGAAUUUAUUUUGUUAAAUCAUCCACUUGAUUGUCCAAUUUGUGAUCAAGGAGGUGAAUGUGAUCUUCAAGAUCAAUCAAUGGCUUAUGGAACUGACAAAUCUCGGUUAUCAAUUGCAGUUGAUCAAAAAAGAGGAGUUGAAGAUAAAGAUAUUGGUCCUCUUGUGAAGACUAUUAUGAAUCGAUGUAUCCAUUGUACUCGAUGUGUUCGUUUCAUGAAUGAGAUCGCUGGUGUCGCUGAUUUAGGAACAACAGGUCGAGGUGGUGAUAUGCAAAUUGGAACAUAUUUAGAAAAUAAUGUUUUGUUAAGCGAAAUGAGUGGUAACAUUGUUGAUUUGUGUCCAGUCGGUGCUCUCACCUCGAAGCCUUAUACUUUCACAGCUCGACCCUGGGAAUUGCGACGUUUCGAUUCAAUUGAUGUUAUGGACGCCGUCGGAUCAAAUAUUAGUGUUUGUCAGCGAGCUGGUGAUUUACUAAGAAUUUUACCUCGAGUAAAUGAUGACGUAAACGAAGAAUGGCUUGCCGAUAAAUCGAGACAUGCACCAAUCGAUGGUUUAAAGAAUCAACGUUUAACUGUACCCUUAGUUCGUCCUUCUCGAAGUUCACCAUUACAGCAAUGCGAUUGGGAAGAUGCACUUCUUACUGUUAAUCAAGUUCUCAAUAAAAUUCCAGCUGAAAGAAUGGAAUUCAUUGUUGGACCUAUGGUUGAUGCCGAAACAAUGGUCGCCGUUAAAGAUUUGUGUACUUCGUUGAAUAUUAACUCUUAUUACGUUCAUGUAGACAGUUCGGUUGAACCAAGUUGUAUACCUUCAGCUGAAGAUCGUCAAUAUCGAUCAAAUUAUCUUUUCAACACAACAAUCGCUGGUAUCGAAGAUGGUGUUGAUUUAAUUUUACUUGUUGGUACUAAUCCAAGGUACGAAGCUCCAUUGGUAAACGCUAGAAUCCGAAAAGCAUGGAGAAACCAUGUAAUCGAUGAUAUCGCUCUUAUUGGUCCAAAUGAUUUGGAUCUUCUUUAUGACUACGAAUGGCUUGGUAGUGACACUAAAGUUUUAGACUCAAUUGCCGAUGGUAAACAUUCAAUUGCCUCUAAAUUGAGUAAAGCCAAAAGGCCAAUUGUCAUCUUAGGCCAACAGAUUUUGAAAGGAGAAACUAAAAGUAAUAUAUUUGAACAGGUUCGCUAUAUUUGCGAUAAAUAUGGUGCCGAGUUAAAUGUACUACAUACGAACGCUAGUCAAGUAGCAGCUUAUGAUUUAGGUUUUAAACCAACAACUGAACGAUCUCCACUUGAUAAACCGGAAGAAUCUUCACUUCUUUGGUUAAUUGGUGUUGAUGAUGAUAAAUUAUCAGCCGGAGGUGAUAAUCCAUUCAUCGUUUACCAAGGUCAUAAUGGAGACAUUUGUGCAAAUAAAGCAGAUCUUGUCUUACCUGGUGCUGCUUUUACCGAGAAACAAGUUACCUAUGUUAAUAUGGAGGGCAGAGUUCAGCAAACCCUUGCGGCAAUAACACCUCCAGUUAUGGCUCGUGAUGAUUGGAAAAUAGUGAGAGCUUGUGGUGAGAUCGCAGGUCAUGUUUCACCUUACGAUACACUUAAUGAUAUCCGAGGUCGAAUGGCUCAAUUGGCACCUCAUCUGGUUCAGCAUAAUGUACGACGAUUGUCACUUCCCUCACUCCCAACGCCACCAAAAUUAACACAAUAUCGUAAAAGUGAUAAAUCAACCAAUUUAAUACCCAAAUUGAGAAAUAUUAUAGAUUAUUAUCAAACUGAUUCCAUUUCAAGAUCAUCUCCUACUAUGGCGAAAUGUAUCGCCGCUGUUCAGAAAGAGUUUGAAAAACGUUCCUCCAAAUGGUAAACAAUUAAAAUCCACUGUUAACAUCCAAUACCCACGAAAAUAAGAGGAGAAACUGAAGAUGGUUUAAUAAUUAAUAACAAUUUAAUUUUUUUGUUUCUUUUUCUUCUUUGCAAAGUUUUGAUUGACAAUUUUUUUGACGAAAAAGAAAAUCAAAAUUUGCAAAUUAAAAACAAAAUGAAAGUUAAAAAUUCACUUUUCAAGAUUGUAGAGAUUGUAAUUGCCAAUUGUAAAAUAAAAUAUCUUAACCGAUCUUAUGGAUUUAAAUGGACAA